CUGGGAGGACAGCUGCCACUAAAGCAAGACUGGACACUCUGUGCCCAGAAUCCUCUCUGCAGCUGGCCUCUUCUCCUGGGACCUGCUCCUCUUCACCUCACUUUCCUUUCCUCUCCUGCCUGACUCCUACCAGGCCUAGGACAGCAAGCAAUAGGCCAGAAGUUUGUCACAGCAGCCAGAGGGGUCUGACAGGAGCAUAGAGGGACAGAGUCAGCCUUUGCCUACUGCCCAAGAGCUGCCUGCCUCUUUUCAAGACUGAGGGAGCAGUGGGAGGAGGAACUGUGGGGCAACGUGGUGCCUGCCCCCUUCCCCUGGAGGGGUCUUCGAGGGAAGGGGCACUAGGGGCCACAGAGAUGCAGGACAGAAUGCACAUCCUGGAGGACCUGAAUAUGCUCUACAUUCGACAGAUGGCACUCAGCCUUGAGGACACGGAGUUGCAGAGGAAGCUAGACCAUGAAAUCCGGAUGAGGGAAGGGGCCUGCAAGCUGUUGGCAGCUUGUUCCCAGCGAGAGCAGGCUCUGGAGGCCACCAAGAGCCUGCUGGUCUGCAACAGCCGCAUCCUGAGCUACAUGGGUGAGCUGCAACGACGCAAGGAGGCGCAGGUGCUGGGGAAGACAGCAGGGAGGCCUUCUGACAGCCAGCCACCAGCCAACCGCUCCCCUUGCCAUGGCCAGGUCUGCAUCUCUGAUCUCCGGAUUCCACUCAUGUGGAAGGACACAGAAUAUUUCAAGAAUAAAGGCGACCUGCACCGCUGGGCUGUGUUCUUGCUGCUGCAGCUAGGGGAACACAUUCAAGACACAGAGAUGAUCCUGGUGGAUAGGACCCUCACAGAUAUCUCCUUUCAGAACAGCAUACUCUUUGCUGAUGUGAGGCCAGACUUUGAGCUGCGGCUGGAGCUGUAUGGGGCCUGUGUAGAAGAAGAGGGGGCCCUGACUGGUGCUCCCAAGAGGCUGGCUACCAAACUGAGCAGCUCCCUGGGCCGCUCCUCAGGAAGGCGUGUCCGGGCAUCGCUGGACAGUGCUGGGGGCUCAGGGAGCAGUCCCAUCAUGCUCCCUACCCUGGCUGUGGGUGGUCCCCGUUACCACCUCUUGGCUCACACCACACUUACCCUGGCAGCAGUACAAGAUGGGUUCCGCACACAUGACCUUACCCUCACCAGCCAUGAGGAGAACCCUGCCUGGCUGCCUCUUUAUGGUAGCGUGUGUUGCCGUUUGGUGGCCCAGCCUCUCUGCAUGACUCAACCCACUGCAAGUGGUACCCUGAGGGUGCAGCAAGCUGGGGAGCCACAGAGCUGGGCGCGAGUGCACGGAGUCCUGAAAGGCACAAACCUGUUCUGUUACCGGUGCCCGGAGGACGCAGACACUGGGGAAGAGCCGUUGUUAACUAUUGUGAUCAACAAGGAGACUCGAGUCCGGGCAGGGGAUUUGGACCAGGCCCCAGGGCGGCCCUAUACCCUGAGCAUCAGUAACCAAUAUGGGGAUGAUGAGGUGAUGCACACUCUUCAGACAGAGAGCCGGGGAGCCCUGCAGAGUUGGAUGGAGGCACUGUGGCAGCUCUUCUUUGACAUGAGCCAGUGGAAGCAGUGCUGUGAUGAAAUCAUGAAAAUUGAAACCCCUGCGCCUCGGAAACCACCUCAAACACUGGCUAAACAGGGGUCCUUGUACCAUGAGAUGGCUAUUGAACCGCUGGAUGACAUCGCAGCGGUGACAGACAUCCUGGCCCAACGGGAGGGCCCAAGGCUGGAGACACCCCCACCCUGGCUAGCAAUGUUUACAGAUCAGCCUGCCCUACCUAGCCCCUGCUUACCUGCUUCAGUGGCCCCAGCCCCAGCCCGGGCCCACCCCUUGCCCUGGGGGCGACCCCGAACCUUCUCCCUGGAUGCUGUCCCCCCAGACCACUCCCCGGGGGUUUCCCGCUCCGUAGCCCCUCUCCCCUCACAGCGAUCUCCACAGUCCAGAGGCCUCCGCAGCAAAAGCCCAUCCCAAACUUGGCUUCAGUCACCAGUAUGAGAGAGAAAAGCGCUGACCACAGGAUACAGUCAGAAGAGGAAAUGACCUUUGCGCAAUCAGGCUCAUGGUACAGCACUGUUUAUAGUAGACUAACCAGGCUGGCUUCUCCCUCAGUCCUCUGCUGGACUGGGGGUAGGCUGAGGAGGGGAGCCAGAAGCCCCUCUCCAGCUGUGGCCACCAUGGUGCUGAGGGACUCAUUCUCAGGGCUUGUUGGACCCCUAAACCCUUCCUGGGUGAAAACUGGAACCCCCCUGCCUACCUCCAUGCAUCCUUUGAGGAUGGCACUGAAGAGUCCUAGAAGGGCAUACCCCUCCCCUGGGACUCCCACAUCCACCAUUAAAAGUUAUUUAACAGCAA